UGGAUUUGCUGAAGACGAUGUGAGGACACAGCUUAUUCUCUGCUCGACAUAUCUCUUGCGGCAGCACGGCUUCUUCACCAGUCUUUCCCUCUAUCUCAGUCUUCCUCUCAGCGUUCAGCAAAUCCACCCACGAGAUGGGAUUAUCAUUAUGGAAUUAUGGGUUUUGAGGAACCAAAGAAUAUACAAAACACCGUUAAUCCACCAUGGCAGCGGUCGCUCUCCACUUCUCUCGUAUUUCCUGCCAUUUUCAUUUAUCUUCUCCGUUCACUAUAGUCUCCCCUCUCUUGGUUCCACUUCGGAAGACGCCUGCAACAUUGGGUUUUCGGAGAAAACCUCGCCAGAGCUUCGGCUUAGUCAGUUUGAGGCUUGCUCGGGGUUUCUCAGUUGUUGCUUCAAGCUCUCAAGAUUGGACAUGUCAUAAUGGAUCAAUUGAAGAAAGAUAUGAUGUCAUUGUGGUUGGUGGAGGACAUGCAGGUUGUGAAGCUGCUCUGGCAUCUGCUCGUCUAGGAGCAAAAACUCUUCUUCUCACACUAAACAUUGAUCGGAUUGCUUGGCAGCCCUGCAAUCCAGCAGUUGGUGGACCUGCAAAGUCACAGCUAGUUCAUGAAGUAGAUGCACUUGGUGGUGAAAUUGGGAAAAUUGCUGAUAGAUGUUACUUACAAAAACGCGUUCUCAACCUCUCGAGGGGGCCUGCUGUUCAGGCGCUACGUGCACAAACUGAUAAGAGGGAAUAUGCGAUGGAAAUGAAAAAAGUUGUAGAAAGCACUCCAAAUCUUUCUAUUAGAGAGGGUAUGGUAACUAAUAUUAUAUUAGGCAAGAAUGACAAUGUGGAAGGUGUUCGGACAUUCUUUGGAAUGGAUUUCUAUGCGCCUUCUGUUAUUCUCACGACUGGAACUUUUAUGAGUGGUAAAAUUUGGGUUGGAAGAGAGUCUAUGCCUGCAGGGCGAGCCGGUGAAUCAGCAUCUCACGGGAUUACUGAGAAUUUACAACUGCUAGGGUUUGAAAUUGAUCGGUUGAAAACUGGAACUCCUGCACGUGUUGACUAUCGUACUGUAGAUUUCUCAGGAUUGGAACCCCAACAUGGAGAUGAAGAGGUUAAUUGGUUUAGCUUUGAUCCUGACUUUCACAUAGAAAGGGAGCAGAUGUGCUGCUAUUUGACACGUACCACGAAAGACACACACCGUCUUAUUAAAGAGAACUUGCAUGAAACCCCAACUUAUGGAGGAUGGGUUGAAGCUAAAGGGCCUAGAUAUUGCCCUUCUAUUGAAGACAAGAUAGUAAGGUUUCAAGAUAAAGAUUCUCAUCAAAUUUUCCUUGAACCUGAAGGCCGAAAUGUGCCUGAACUUUAUGUGCAGGGCUUCUCAACAGGUUUACCUGAAAGGCUGCAGUUACCACUCUUGAGAACGUUACCUGGACUUGAGAAUUGUUCAAUGCUUAGACCUGCUUAUGCUGUUGAGUAUGAUUUCUUGCCCGCUCAUCAGUGCUCCAGAUCCCUAAUGACCAAGAAAAUUGAAGGACUUUUUUUCUCUGGUCAGAUAAAUGGAACAACUGGUUAUGAAGAAGCUGCUGCUCAGGGUAUUAUUGCUGGAGUUAAUGCAGCCAGACAUUCAGAUGGAAAGCCUGUCAUUGUUCUUGAGAGGGAAAGCAGUUACAUCGGAACAUUAGUUGAUGAUCUAGUUACAAAAGAUCUUCGGGAGCCUUACCGCAUGUUAACAAGUCGCUCAGAAUACAGAUUACUUCUUCGUGCUGAUAAUGCUGAUAGCCGACUCACACCGCUAGGACGAGAGAUAGGUUUGAUUGAUGAUAGGCGGUGGAAACUUUACGAGGACAAGCAGACCCAAAUUUUGGAGGAGAAAAAGCGAUUGAAGGCUGUGAGGAUUUCAGCAGGGGGUGAUUUGGCGGCCGAUGUUAGUCUGUUGUCUGGUCAACCAGUGAAAGACUCAUCAACUCUAGAGAGUCUUUUAAAGAAACCACACAUACAAUAUAAAGUUCUUGAUAAACAUGGUUUUGGAAAUGAUCUGAUGUCUCGAGCAGAAAAAGAAUGUGUAGAAAUUGAUAUCAAGUAUGAGGGCUUCAUUAUGCGGCAACAGCUGCAACUCCAAAAGAUGGCUCAUCAACAACAUAAGCCACUCGCAGAGGAUCUGGAUUACUAUGCAAUGACGACUUUGUCUUUGGAAGCACGUGAAAAGCUUUCCAAGGUCCGACCACAAACCAUAGGGCAAGCUAGCAGAGUGGGUGGCGUUAGUCCUGCAGACAUUACUGCUCUCCUCAUUAUUCUUGAAACCAACCGAAGGAAUGCCCAAGAGCAGAAGAGGCGAAAUUUGCUAACAUCUAGCUUGGCCGAAACUGAAGAAGAGAUCCCUAAUCUUACUACUGCACAAGCAACCAGCUAAAGAUGUCCCAACUGGUUAUCCUCAAGCAUAUAACAUUUCUCUCCGGGUAGCUACCAGUUUCUGAUGCACAACAUGGAUGAUAUGGAAGCAAAUGGAAUCUUUUGGGCCACGAUUUCAAAAUAAUUUGGCAAAGCAAACAAGAGAGUGGAAAAUUCUAGUUAGUUCUUGUUGUCCACAUUUUUUGAUGGAAAAGCUUUCUGUGGUACCAUGUCAACCCAUUGCUUCAUAGCAGGAAAGAGUCCAGGAGACUGAUCAUAUACCCAUGAGUUCGAAGCUGAAAAGAGCUCCAGGAAAGUUGAUAAUUUUUUUCAUUUGGUUAUGCCAGAUCAGACGACAGAGCUCUUCCCACGCCCACCAUGCCCCAUGUUACCAUAUAUAUACCAUGAUAUUAUUUUUUUUGCCUUGUAUUAUAAAUAUUUUAUGGAUCUUGAAAAAGGAAAAAAUGACAAAUUUUUUUUUUCUGGUGAAUA